AUGUUCGGCUGCGCCAACGUCGUUGCUCACAGCCAAAGCCCGACCUAUAUUAAUUCUGUUGUUCUAAAGGAAGAUAUGAGAAGCAUGGUAGAAAACUUCUAUGCAGCUCUAUUUGGAUAUGAUGAGGGAAUCUUGUCUGAUGAUCGUGUUCUGGCAGCUGCUCUUUGGAGAAACCUUUUUAACAAGAACUGUGAGGACCCUCGGCAUCUGGAGUUACUCGUAGAAUAUGUGCGCAAACAGGUGCAGCACCUGGAUGCGCUGAGCGGGGAGGACCUGCUGCUGACGGGCGAGGUGAGCUGGCGGCCGCUGGUGGAGAGCAACGCCCGCAGCAUCCUCAAGCCCCUCUCCCCUGUGUACAACGACGAGGGACUCUGA